AUGGCUCCGCUCAACAUCAAAGCGAAGCACGCGGGCAAGACAUACGAUCUCGAGAUCGACACCGACUCAAAUGGCGAAGAGCUCAAGAUGCAGCUAUACUCACUCACGAACGGUAUCGAGAUAUAUUCGAAGAGCUGUUGGAAACAAAUUGCUGAUGGGAGACAACAGUUGAGCCCGAGAACCAAAAGGUUUUGGCGAAGAAGAUGAUCAAGGACGAUACGCCGCUCUCCUCACUCGGACUCAAAGAAGGCAUGACGAUUACGGUAAUUGGCAAUCCAGCGGCGAAAGUAGUGUUCGAUGUACCGAAAGAGAAGAUGAAAUUCGCAGAGGACAUGACGGAGGCAGAACUGGCGCAGCAAGAGGGAGCAACACCUGCUGGUCUGCAGAACAUGGGCAACACCUGUUACGCCAACGCGACACUGCAGACUCUGAGGGCUGUUCCUGAGCUGCUGGAGGAACUGAAGAGCUACAAGCCUGGAGCACCCAGCGCGGGUCCUUCCUCUUCGCUCUUCACCCCAGACCAGCUUGCUCAGCACGGUAUCGGUGGUCUGGGAGGCGGUGGGGAUCUCACUUCGGCACUCGGGGAUUUGUACAAGCAGAUGAGUGAGACCCAGCACGGCUUCCCGCCUCUCAUGUUCCUCACGACUCUACGACAGAAGUUUCCUCAAUUUGCCGAGCGAGCAAAGAAUGGCCACGGAUACGCACAGCAGGACGCCGAGGAAGUCUGGUCACAGCUCAUCUCAACGAUGAGCCAGACGCUAAAGAUCAAAGCAGAAGAGCAGAAUGAGCUGGGGUUCAGGAAUUGGAUCGACAAGUACAUGGGCGGGAAGUUCGAGGUCACCACGACCUGCGAUGAAGCUCCCGACGAAGAGGCAGUCGUUAACAGCGAAGACUUCAACGACCUCAAGUGCAACAUCCAAAGUGAUACGAACCAUCUCCGAGAAGGUAUCAGCAUUGCGCUGAACGAGAAGAUCGAGAAGAACUCGCCAUCUCUGGGCCGUCAGGCGGUCUACACUCGCCAGUCACGCAUCUCGCGUUUGCCCAAGUACCUUCCGGUGCACUUUGUCCGUUUCUUCUGGCGCAGAGACACGGGGAAGAAGGCGAAGAUUCUGCGGAAAGUGACCUUCCAGCAUGAGAUCGAUGUGCUUGAGUUCUGCAGUGCGGACCUGAGGAAGAAGCUCAUCCCCAUCCGGGACAAGAUUCGCGAAGUGAGGAAGGAAGAAGAAGACGUGGAACGUGCCAAGAAGCGUCAGAAGCGCAUGCAGAAGGAGGCAGAGGAGAAUGGCGAUAGCAAUGUUCGGUCGGAUGAGCCUCUCCAGAAGAAGAAGGAGAAAGAGAAAGAGCGGGGGACCACAGCAACCGGGCCAGCUUCUGAGGCCGAAUUGAGCGCAGAAAAGAAGGCUGCUGGCGCUAGUGAAGAUAUCCCGAUGGGCGGUACCGAAGAAAAGUUCAAGACGGACGAAGAGAUCGAAGCUGAGAAGGCGGCUUCCAUCUUGGCUGCCAAAAAGGAACUCCUGUCGCUGGUGCACGAGGAUUUGAAGAAGGACUCUGCGGCGAAUCAGACCGGACUCUACGAGCUCCGUGGUGUCGUGACCCACCAAGGCUCAUCGGCCGACUCUGGCCAUUACACGGCGUAUGUGAAGAAGGCGGCUGCUCCAGGCAAGACCGAAGACGGUAAUUGGUGGUGGUUCAACGACGAUAAAGUUCAAGAGGUCGAGAGUGAGAAGAUCGAGAUGCUCGCCGGCGGUGGAGAGACCCACAGCGCGCUGAUCCUCCUGUACAAGGCAGUGGAGCUGCCCAAGGUUGACGAGAAGGCAUGA